UGAUUGCCGUUCCGCGUAAUUUCCCGUGACCUUGCACUCGCGACUCGACUUUUUCCUGCUCUCGUCUCGUUCCCCUGCAAAUUUCAUCCACUCUCGCUCUUACCAGCGAGUUCUUUGGCCAUGGCCUUUUAUGACGACCAUGGCGCGGACUCUCAGUAUACUGGGAGGCCUGCUGGGAUUGCCGGACCGCGGCGACCGCGGCUCGUCACCGAUUAUGGUUCAUCGCUGGUCCGAUGGAUGCGCACUCGACGCCCACGGUACAAAGGUACCCAUGGAAUGGAAACAGAGAGACCGAGCGCAAGCUACAUAGUGGAUGUGCUGCCUCCCUUGGCACGAAUCCACUCACCUGUAGAUACAAUCCCCGUCCGUCAUCUGCAUCAGUCGAUCGGGAAAUCAAAAAAGCCCAUUACGGUAGUGAGAUGGACGCCGGAAGGCAGGCGCUUGCUGACCGGUGGACAUACUGGAGAAUUCAUGUUAUGGAAUGGGACAGCGUUCAACUUCGAAACGGUUAUGGAUGCCCAUUACGAUCAACUGCAAGCGGGAGUGACGGCGUUGGAAUGGUCUCACAGUCACGAUUGGUUAAUAUCAGGCGGGCAAAAAGGUGAUAUCAAGUACUGGCGCCCCAACUUCAACAACGUCGAAACUAUUGACGACGCACAUCACGAUGCUGUUCGGAGUCUCGCCUGGGCACCGAGUGAUACAAAAUUUUUGUCUGCGUCUGAUGAUACGACGCUGAAGAUCUUUGAUUUCACAGCCAGGGUAGCGGAUACAAUACUGACAGGCCAUAACUGGGACGUGAAAUCGUGCGACUGGCAUCCAACCAAGGGACUCCUAGUGUCCGGGUCCAAAGACCAUCAAGUGAAAUUUUGGGAUCCACGGACUGGAAGAUGCCUGACGACACUUCAUACGCACAAAAAUACCGUUACCACCACACGAUUUUCUCGAGUGAACAACAAUCUCCUCGCUACAUCUUCGCGGGAUCAGACAGCGCGGGUCUUUGACUUACGGAUGAUGCGUGAUAUUUGUAUCCUUAGAGGCCAUGAGAAGCCCAUUUCUUCGCUCACGUGGCACCCUAUUCACAGCUCGCUCAUAUCAACCGGUAGCGAGGAUGGUUCGCUAUACCACUAUCUUCUUGACGAGCCCAAUUUGCCUCCUGGACAGGUUCCUACAGUUGCUCCCUACGACAGCCCUGAUCCAGCAAAUACUCCUGCGCAGGUAAUAUACCCUGCUCAUCGCAUUCAAUUCGCCCAUAGUGCAACUAUCUGGACAUUAGAUUGGCAUCCGCUAGGCCAUAUCCUGGCAUCAGGCUCAAAGGAUAAUUUCACGCGUUUCUGGUCUCGGGCCAGACCUGGAGAGACUAGCUACAUGAAAGACAGGUUCCACAUUGGGGAAGAGGCAGCAGAAGCACAAGGAACCUGGAGUCGUGGGUUCGGGAGACGGCAAAUGCGCGAAGAAGAGGAGCAAGAGCUUCUGGAUGAAGCAGAAGACCUCGGUGAUCAGAGGAAGCCUGUUCCAUCUUUGCCUGGAAUCCAGUCACAACCGGAUGGCACUGGCUCGCAAGGUCUUCUACCUGGCAUUGGCGCAGCUCAGCCUCCUGCGACCCCUUCUGGAUUAGCCGCUUCUAUGGCGCAGACGGACCCUAGUCGCUUGGCUGCUCUCCUGUCCACUCAAGCGCCACCCCAACCAAACAACUUCGCUCCCAAUACCGGCAUUCAGGGUUUCCAAUUCCCUCCUGUCCUAACUGGAACACCACCGUUGAAUAUUGACUUGGCCGGAUUGCAGAAGCAGCUCCUCCAGGGGGUUUCCUUACCUCAGAAUUUCCCGCAACAAAACUUUCUCGCAACCGCCGGCAUUAAUGCUCCAUUUGGAGCCGGAGGCCUUCCUGGAUUACAAGGCAAUUUUCCUCCUAGUGGGGGACGGCCUGGCCAUUCUGAUGGCUCAAGGGAGGAUCCACGCAGAGAUAACUGGCGUAAUCAUAGGUAGCCUUGCUUCCUUUCUUUUUGGUUUUCAUUUCUCCCCACGUUCCGCGGUAUUUUGAUCGAUGGUGGCGUUUGUUGUGUGAAUAACAAUAUCCUUCGGCGCAUGUAUUAAAAGUCAAGUAUUCAGAGUGUUCCUUCGAACCGUUAUUUGGCACGGAGGCGCAUGUGUUUCUGGGGCAUGAUACCCAAGAAAAUGCACCAUUCAGGUUGCUUCUGAUUUAGAAAAGCGAAUACGGCAACAUCGUCCUUGAAUCAUUGAAUUGUACGUAGUGAUCCGGAU